AUGAAAUUUGACCUAAGGAACCCUCGGGGGAGGCUUGCUAUCUUGGGGGCCGUCUCCCUCAUCCUCGCCUCCGCACUAUACUUCGCUUCGAGGAGUUCAAGCUUCAAUGCCUCGAGACAGCAGGGGGCGAAUGGAAAUUCAUUUUCGAGCACCCAUAGUCACCAGUCAACAACCACAGGCAGCUAUGUUCGUAUUGCCCAAGAGGCUACCUCCGCCCUGGAAAGCUUGCUUGAACAGGAUAUAGAUGUAUCAGAUCUUGGGGGCAAAGGUCGGCGCGUUUCCGCCCUCUCUACUCUACUUGGGGCCAUCAUAGAAGAUCCUACUAUCCCUCGAGACAGCUUCUUUGGCUUUCGAACCGAGGAAUUUGGCUGGUGGAGGCUUUCGAGCAAAACAUACCUGCCAUGGGGAAACACAUUGGAGUCAGAAGUGGGCAUAGUCAUGUGCGUAGGUCAGAAAGAUCUUGUCCUGGCUGCGCAGAACAUCCGAAUCCUUCGCAAUGUACUUGGGUCAACCCUCCCAAUCCAGAUCUUUUACGCUGGCGAGCAUGACUUGCCUUGGGAAAAGCGGAAACAGCUCUGGGAUCUUGCCCCCAAUAUCCAGACUCUGAACAUACUCGAUUUCUACGAUGAUACUGUUGCUGGGAUAAACGAGAGCUUGACGGGUAACGGCUGGGUCAUGAAGCCGUUCGCCAUGCUCGCCAGCCGAUUUCAGAAAGCCAUACUCGUUGAUGCGGAUACCAUUUUCUUGCAACGGCCUGAUGCUUAUUUCGACGAUGAUGUGCAUUUGAGGGAGACGGGAACGCUUUUCUAUCAUGACCGAGCGGUCAAAGGAGGCUACACCGGCUGGAUCGAUACCCUGAAGUGGAUUAAGAAGGUGCUCAAAGACCGGAACCCUAGCGCCGUGCUUAAGAAAAGCAUCUUUUGGACUGAAAAGCUGGAGCACCAACAAGAGUCCGGCGUUGUCUUCAUGGACAAAGAGAAACCCGGCGUCUUCACUAGUUUGAUGUUUGCAGCCUGGAUGAUGACUAAAGCUGCGAGGGUUUCUGUAAACAAGCAUGUCUUCGGCGACAAGGAGACGUUCUGGCUCGCCUGCGAACUCGCCUCCACACCCUACUAUUUUAACCCCUUCUACACCGGCAUGAUAGGCCAUUACGAGGCGGGAGCAAAGGAAAUGUGCAGCGUCCAACUCUUGCAUCUUGACUCGAAAGGGGACCCAUUCUGGCUAAAUGGUGGCUUACGAGAUAACAAAAGGCUGGAUCAAGAACUCGGCCAAAAGGACUUUGCAACACUUACAGAUUAUAUUCCGGCAGGCGUAACAUGGGCAGAGCAACCCAGAUGGCGGUACUUGAAACAUGGUGUAUUUUGUACGGAUACGAAGGCGGAGAAGGUGAAAAGCCUUGAAAAAGCAGGGUUGACUAAAGUUAUGGAGAAAAUGAUCAUUGAAGCCACUGAGGUGGAUAACAUGUUUCCGAGUUGA